AUGCUCAAAACAGUACUUCGAAUUACGACGACAAGCUUGCUGUCACUGUUGCUUUUAUCCCGACUCACGCAAGGUGGAGAUGUCUCUUCCACUAUCGAAACAUCUAACAUUUGCGUCGUUGUCCCUGCACCUAAUGGAACUGACUCUGCACCAGCUAUAAUUGAUGCGUUCGAACGUUGCGGACGUAACUCUGCUUCCUCUUCCAAAUCUCGUGGCAGAGUCAUCUUUACAAACACGACAUAUACCGUCGCAACAGUGAUGAACACUACUAACUUGUCGAACCUCGAUAUCGAUCUCCAAGGAACUCUCUCUUGGGACAAUUCCAACCUUACAUACUGGUUGAACAAUUCUCUCCCAGUUGGUUAUCAGAAUCAGACUAGUGCAUGGCUUUUUGGGGGCGAGGAUAUCAGAUGGGACGGCCAUGGUCAUGGAACGUUGAAUGGGAACGGGCAAGUGUGGUAUGAUUUCAACAAUGGAACGAGCAAUUUAAUUGGGAGACCUCAUCAAAUUACCAUUACCGGAACAAAGGACAGUGUUUUCGAAGGAAUCCGAUUUAUCCAGAGCCAGAUGUGGACGAUGACAGUGAUCCAUUCAGAAAACAUUCUCCUCGAGAAUAUUUAUGUCAACAACACCGAUACUGAACAUGGUCCUGGAUUCAACUACUCUCUCAUCACGGACGGCGCGGACACGGUGUACGCCAACAACAUAACUUUUCGUGGCUGGACAGUGGAAAACGGCGACGAUUCAAUUGCAAUGAAAGCAAACAGCACGAACAUCUUGAUCGAAAAUUGUAAUUUCUACACCGGACUCGGUGUUGCAAUUGGUAGUAUUGGUCAAUAUGACGGAGCCUUUGAGACAAUCCAAAAUGUAACCGCCCGCAACAUUUCCAUCACCAACAUGCCCUUCGGUGCCUACGUCAAAACCUGGACCGGUAUAUCCACUGGCUACCCACCUAAUGGGGGUGGUGGAGGCUUAGGUUUCAUCUCCAACAUCACAUUCACUGAUUUCACCCUCCACAACGCCACUGGUAUAUUCUUGAUCACACAAUGUACGUCGUACAAUGGAAUUACAGGAAACUGCGAUACUUCGAAAUUCAAUUUGAGGAAUAUCAAGGUGGAAAAGUGGAAGGGGUUCGCUAGUAGUGCCGUAGUGGGGAGUAUGCAGUGUAGUGCGGCGAGUCCAUGUACGGGGAUCGAGAUUGAGGAUGUGGAGAAUGGGAUUGUGGAUCCGGUGAAUGGGACUAGGCCGGUGAACUACCUGUGUGAUAGUGUGGUGGAUCCUGUUGGAUUUAAUUGCACGGGUCCACCGUGGGCGGAAAGUAACCGGCGUUGAGAACGAUUCGGAAGUGUGUACACAUGCACCUACAUGUACCUAUGAACAGACCGCUUUUCUAUGUAUUCUAUUUCUGAUUUCAGAAGUACAUAAUCCCUGGGGCAACAUGGUCUGCGAGGAUCGAGAGGAUCUAGAGACUGCACGGACGGCAUUGGAUUGAUUGGAGUAUUGGAAUGUUUAUGAGCAUGUAUGUUAGGAAGGUUGGAGCGAAACAAGGGGGUGGUGAUACUCCAGCGGAGGAUUAUUAACUUAGUACUGUUUGGAAGUUAAGAAUUUGAAGGAGGAUUGAGAACGGAUGUAAAUAUUGGUGUUAUACAUAGACAAUGAUGUUGUAC